AUGUGAUAUCGGCAAAACUCUUUAAAACAAACUAAAAAACCCACAAUGAUAAAUUUUUGUUUGCCUUUAUAUAGGUAAAAGAAUGAAGUCUAUAUUUUCAUCAGGAAGCUCUACAUAUGUUUAGGACAAGGAUCAAGAUUUCUUUCUCCAAUAUGCGAAUGCAGAGAAAAAAAAUCACAUGAUAAAUGAAAGUGCUUGAAAUAAAAACCAGCUGCAACCAAACCAGUUAUGUCAUAUUGUGUGAGAAAAAAGCAAAAAUUAAAUUGCGGACAGCCUUAUAUCAGUCAUAGAAAAGCAAGAAGUAAACAGGAUUCAAAGCCGCACCUGAAGGAACAGUGUGGUACAUCUCAUAUGCCAAAUCAUAAUUUUGGAGCCUUGUUCUCCAGAUUGCCUUUGGAAUGCAAAGUAAGAAUAUUUUCCUUUUUAAGCGACACUGAUAAAUGUGAGGCUGCCAAAGUGUGUUCAGAAUGGGCUGGGGUAAUGAGAACACCACGUCUGUGGCAAGUGGCUGAUUUCACCUUUGCUUUGGCUCAAGGAGAUCUCCCAAAAGAUAAGUGCGAAGCCAUCAAAUGUAUCAAGGACAGGGCCACAAACUACAUCUAUCACUUUGUGUCAAGAGGAGCCCUGCUGCGUCACUUGUUCUUCCAGCUGGAUAUCAUCGAGGGCGAGGAAAUAUGGCUCAAGUUCCUGAUCUAUCUCCUCAAAAUGACCAACUCGCAUGAACUCAAAGUGGUCCAUGCAGAGUGGACAUCCUCUCCAGAAUUCAUGCCAUUUCAGGCACCGGAGAUUACCUGGAAAUCAGACAGGGUCAAAUCGUUCUUGUGCCUGCUGAUGGCCCUCGGUGACAUGUGCCCUUCCAUUGAAGAAAUCCAUACUCCUUUUGAUUGGUCUUUUUCUUCAGUCAAAGCGCUCUCAACCUUCAAGCAGCUACACACAUUGGAGCUUGAUAAGUACUGGGUGUUUUCUGUCCUGAGAGAGGAGAACCUGAAUUACUUGCUGGAGAGCUUGCCGUGUCUGAAGAGGUUCAAGCUGAGUGUGAGUGUGCCGUUAAUCGGAAUGAUGUCAUUUCCACAGUACAUCAUGAGGUCAGAAUCACUGGAGGUGCUGGACAUCUCUAACAGUACUUGUUUCUUUCUCAGGAGUAUACAUCUACCAGCUUUAACAUCGAUAUCCACCUCAAGGAAUCGUUGGACUGGUCCAUUGUUGUCUAGAGAAGCCUUGAGAGUGCAUUGCCUCUACAACAUUCUAAAGACUGGUGCACCAAGGCUUAGUGUUUUUAACCAAUGCAUCGUGGAAGAUGACUGGAGGUCAAGGGUAACACAAGAGUUUGAAGAUGCUUUGAAAUCAAGUUGCUACUGUUCAAGCCAUAAACGAGGAAGCUUUCUAUUUUAGACCAAUACUCUUUGAACUACAUAUUUUUUUUAUGCAAUUAUUUUUUUUUUUCAGAGAAUGUAGGGAAAAUCACAAACAAGAAACAAAAUUUGGAAUAGCUGUAAAAUGGACACCUGGGGCCCAUUGCAUAAGACUUCUUACCUGAGAAAACUCAGGUUGUUUUUACCGGAGUUUUUGCCCUUUGUUAAAAAG